AUGGCUUCGACCACGUUAAUGACGUUUUUACUAUAUACCAAUCCUCAGGUUAAGUCCGUCAAGCUGCUAGGCUCAUGGGAUAACUUCGCCAAGCCCUAUGCCAUGGAGAAUGACAAGCGUGUCGGGCCAGGACAUUGGAGAGGAUGCCAUACCUUUACCAGUAUAAUAUUCGAUGGGUCGCCAAAUCAUAUGGUUCCAGCUCGCUCUGGGGGCCUCAAAAUGGGCGGCACCUAUUGGUAUUAUUACUUGCUGGACGAUGAUGUGGAACAUUAUAACCCCGCGGAACCAGUCACAUCGCACUGUCCACUUCUUCCCGGCCAGCCUGUUAACGUUCUCCAUGUUCCUGUCAUUCUGCCUGAUACAGGGCAAAGCUCAACCCCCCCAAAGCCAGAACAGCGGACUAUGAACCCGGAAGAUAAAUACAUGAAUCCACGACAGCCACCUAAACCAAUACUUCCGCGUCUCCGCACGUCUCCUCCACUACUGCAACAGCCGGCUUCACCUUGGUCUUUCAGCACUUCCCCUUUAAGUUCAAUAACCAACAGAGUUGCUUCACAGCCUAAUAGUGCGACGCCCAGGGCUACAAUUCAGAAUGGCCAAAGGGGCCUAGGCAGUAAAGCUGCCCGAUCUGUGUCUCCUCCAAGGUCGAGAGGCCUUCGAGCUGCCUUCCGGCAAUGGAAUGCAUCUUCACCUGAUCUUGACACUGCAGAAAACCAAAAUAGUGAUGUGAAGAAGCCUAAACCGGCUCAAAGGCCGCCCAUGUUGCGUACAGAGAGCCUCGAGAGUGCUCAGAAUCCGACGAGCAAUCAUCACACGAGGAGUCAGACAGCCCAUACUUCAACGGAGAUCCUGCUUCCCGGGCGCCCUGUCUCUACUGGGCAUCCUGAAUCUUUACCGCCGACCAUCCAAGAUCGACGCGCUCUGAAUCCCAAACUCAUGGAACAUGCAAAGCCUAGAGGUCCUUUGAUCCUUCAAACAAACCAAACAACGAGUACCUCCAGAGAGGGCUACAAGCCAAGAGAUCCACAUGCCCAUCAAGGGUCUAUAUCGUCGGAGAGCUCUGCCUCCCUGCUCACAACUGCCGUGCCCGUGGUAGGAGAGGAUGCUGCAACCCCUACCCUUUUCACUCUAAAAGAAAAGAGACUGCCGACUCUACCGAACACUCCUUCCUCAGUCAUGGAUGAGGCACUGCGUGAUCUUGAAACUCGAGAAAAGGAGCUUGAUGCGGGAAACCUAGGCAGUCAUUUCUCCGAUCUUAGUGCUACGGAAGGGUCUGCGAGUAGCUCCCCGUGCGAAAGAAGCCACUUUUCUGAAUGGAGUACGGAUACAGAGCUGGUCUCUCCUGAGUCCAUGGCAUCCUCGCUCGCAAUCGGCAAUGAAAAUCAAUCAUUUUCUCCUCUUGACGGGAUAGAUUUCGCAGAGUUUUGGAAGAGCUCUGUCCCUGUCGAGACGAGCGAUCCAGAUACCCCUCAUCUUACAGUCAAUUCAAGAUCAUCUCCCACCACACUUGGUAGUGAUUCACCCCUCCUUGAUCUCCCACCUCCUCGCCUUACAGUUUCUUUAUCCCCGUCCGACAUCGACUUUUCUGGUCUUUGUAUUGGUGAUGCCGAUGAGGUCGAAAGAGACCCCAAGCGUCAUGCGGCUUUCUUUGGAGGGAUAGAAGGCCUCGGACUUCUUCGAAGUCCAGAUCCCUCUACUGUCCAAUUUACGGAAAAUGUCAGGGAUAAUGAGGACUCAAAGCAUGACGAGAAAAGUGUUUCACUCAGCAACCGUUAUGACCGUUUCAGCGUCAACUCACUCCCGGGGCAGUCGGCAACAAUGCAAGAGAUGAUGGAUGAAUUGGGCUAUUUAACAUCGAUAAUUCAAUCUGGCGCUGAUGGGAUUGUAUAG